AUGAGGUGCCUCGUCGGCGGCGGCGUCCAGGACAGCCCGCGCGCAGCGGCCAAGAGGGUAUCGCCGGCGUCGUGGCGGCUGGACACCGCCGCGCCGGAGGCGGAGGCGGCCAAGGGACCCAGGGUCUGCUUUAGGCCGCGGGACGUCAUGGAGACGGUGCACGAGGUGGCCAUUUACAUCCACCGCUUCCACAACCUCGAUCUGUUCCAGCAAGGAUGGUAUCAGAUGAAGAUUAGUGCAAUGUGGGAGGAAGGUGGCAACAAAACACCGGCUUCGCCUGCCAGGGUCGUGCAAUAUGAAGCUUCUGAUGUUGGUGCGGAUGAUGCAUUGGGCAUUUGGAGAAUAGAUGACGUCGACAAUAGCUUCCACACACAGCCGUUUCGGAUCAAGUAUGCCAGACAAGAUAUCUAUCUAUCGGUCAUGGUGUCUUUCAACAUAUUAAAUAGUGAAGAGGAGGGUCCAGCGGCUUCGGCUGUGAUGUUGAAGUUUGAGCUGAUAUAUGCCCCAACCCUAGACAAUGGGUCUGAGCUUCAAGCUUCUAGUGUCACAUCUUCAGCAGCUGUGCACGAAUUUAGGAUCCCACACAGAGCGCUCCUGGCUGGUGCAAUUAAAUCAUCAUUGAAGGUACCAGACCAAGGUUUAGGUCCAACAUCAUAUAACAUUGUUAAGGCAUUAUUAACUUCUAGAAAAAUGUUGCUUGAAGAACUGAACAAAAUCAGUGGUGCUAUUGGUAAGACAGUCGAGGAUUUAGAUGUUGCUGACUUGAAUCUUGGUAAAUAUGAGUCAUUUAAUGCAUCAAAAUCUGGACUACCGAAUUCUAGUAAAGUGUUACCUGCAACUGGCAAGGGUGUGGGACAGUUGGCUGGAAUUUUACAUGACUUCUUGGAGAGACCCAACGAUAUGGUUAAUGGUACAGAUGAUUCUAUGCUGUAUACUCUUCCCCAGGAAGAGCUGUUUGAACUGUUUCUAACUCUGAGUGGACAGCUUUCACUUCUAUGGAAUGCAUUCUUGAAAUUUCAUAGGCUAAAUAAAACAAAGAUAUUGGAUUACUUGCACGAUGUUUGGGCUAUUGACAGGAAGGCAGAAUGGUCAAUAUGGACUGUUCACUCAAAAAUUGAGAUGCCGCAUCGCUAUCUGCGGAGUAUGACUGAUGACUCAACUCACCGUCAUUCCCUUCUUAGAGGUUCUGUCUCAAGGAAGUUCCAUGAUGACAACUCUGCUUCACGGGCAGAACUACACAGGAAAAGCAUAGCACAAAUGAAGAUCAAUACACAGUCUGUUCAAGAUAUGCAUAUAUAUGCUGAUCCUUCACGUGUUCCUGUUGUUCUUAUAGAACAACAUGUCAUGGUUGUUCCACAGCAUAGUUCCAGCAAGGAUCUGGCUUCGAGUCCUGAACAAAAGGAUACUAUUGUGUUACCUAAACUACAAGGAGAGUCUCUGGUACCCAAAAGUAGUGCUGGUAAAAAAAGUGGACGCAUCUUGCGAGCUGUCAUUUUUGUGCAUGGUUUUCAGGGUCACCAUUUGGAUUUACGUCUUGUUAGAAACCAAUGGCUUCUAUUGGAUCCUGGAGCUGAUUGCCUAAUGUCUGAGGCUAAUGAAGAUAAAACAUCUGGAGACUUCAAAGAAAUGGGUAGCAGGUUGGCUGGGGAGGUAGUUGCCUUCCUGAAGAAGAAAAUGGAUAAGCUUUCAAGAUACGGAGGCUGCAAAGAGCUGAAGUUAAGUUUUGUUGGCCAUUCCAUUGGGAACAUCAUCAUUAGAAGUGCCCUGGCAGAACCUGCAUUGCAACCAUACUUGAAGAACCUCUACACGUACAUGUCAAUAUCAGGGCCUCACUUGGGUUACUGGUACAGUUCAAAUUCGUUGUUCAAUUCUGGACUCUGGCUGCUGAAAAAGCUCAAGGGAGCGCAAUGCAUCCAUCAACUCACUUUCAGUGAUGAUCAAGACCCCCAAAAUACAUACUUUUAUAAGCUUUGCAAGUUGAAAACAUUGGAGAACUUCAAAAAUAUCAUAUUGUUAUCAUCACCACAGGAUGGCUAUGUACCAUAUCAUUCAGCGAGAAUUGAGCUCUGCCCAGCUGCAUCAUCAGACACCUCAAAGAAGGGUGAAGUCUUCACAGAAAUGCUCAACAACUGCUUGGACCAGAUCCGUGCGCCCUCAUCCGACACCCGGACAUUCAUGCGCUGCAAUGUGAAUUUCGACCAGUCCAACCAAGGGCGAAGCCUGAACACCAUGAUCGGCAGAGCAGCCCACAUCGAGUUCCUGGAGACUGACCUCUACGCCAAGUUCAUCAUGUGGUCCUUCCCUGACCUGUUCCGAUGA